UUUCCGGGUCCAAAUUACUCACUUUUCAUCCCCAAAAGUCCUCACUUCACAUUCACACGCCAAUCACUUUCCUUGAGAGAAAUAGUAACAAACAACAACUGCAAGUCAAGCGUACCCAUUCAUUAUUAGUCGUCGCUUGAAACUUCAUACCAACAUGGCCUUUUUUCCUUCUUUGACCCGAUUGCCAACAAUUUUCUCUUCCACCCAUUAAAAACACUCACCCUUUUCUCAUCCAUACAUGUUGAAGAUCUCGAAUCUCUCACUGUUUCUUUGUUGAAACCCAAGGUUUCUUAUACCGAAAGCCGCAAUCUUUUUGCACAAUGGCCCGUGUUCAAACGAUGACAACGCUCAAUACGCGAAUGAUAAUUUCUAUUUGUGUUUGGAUACUUAUAUCUAGUAGCUACAGCGAUGCCGUUCAAAGCGACAUUGAUUGUUUAAAAUCCAUUAAACAAUCACUUCAAGAUCCUGAAAAUCUGCUUUCUUCAUGGGAUUUUAACAACAAUACCGAAGGUUUCAUAUGUAGAUUUACGGGUAUCGAAUGUUGGCAUCCAGACGAAAGUAAAGUUUUAAAUAUCCGCCUUUCUGACAUGGGGUUAAAGGGUCGGUUUCCUGUCGGGCUAAAAAACUGUACUUCGUUAACGGGCUUGGAUCUUUCAAGCAAUAAACUUGACGGGCCUCUCCCGAGCAAUAUGACAGAUUACGUCCGGUUUGUAACGUCUCUUGAUCUUUCGUCAAACAACUUAUCUGGAGAGAUCCCCGCGAGUAUUUCAAACUGUUCGUUUCUUAACAUUCUUCGGCUUAACAACAAUCAGUUUACGGGUCAGAUUCCGUAUGAUUUGAGCAAGCUUGAUCGGAUUAAGGAGUUUGAUGUUGCUUAUAAUCGUUUGACUGGUCAAGUUCCGUAUUUUUCUGGAAAUGGCACUGCUACUAUUGGAGCUGAUAGCUAUACGGGAAAUCCCGGAUUAUGUGGUGGGCCUUUGCCUGCUUGUGAAGGAGCUACGAAGAAAACACAUAUGGGAGUGAUUAUCGGGGCGGCGAUUGGCGGUGCUACUCUAGCUGCAUUGGUUGUAGGUGUCGGGAUGAUGUUCUUUAUGCGGAAAGUUGUUAGAAAGAAGAAAGAAGAAGAUCCCGAUCAGAAUAAAUGGGCCCGGAGCAUCAAAGGAACUAAAAAGAUCAAGCUCUCAAUGUUUGAUAACCCGGUUUCGAAGAUGCGAUUAAGCGAUCUAAUGAAAGCAACCAACAGUUUUAGCAAAGAAAACAUCAUCGGAUCAGGAAGAACCGGUUCUCUAUACAAGGCAACACUCGAAGACGGAACAUCACUCAUGAUAAAAAGAUUACACGACACCCAACACUCCGAAAAAGAAUUCGCGUCGGAAAUGGCAACGCUCGGGAACGUGAAACACCGUAACCUCGUACCACUUUUAGGGUUCUGUGUCACAAAACAAGAACGGUUUCUGGUAUACAAGUACAUGCCGAACGGUACGCUACAUGAUAACUUACACCCCGUUGGUGAUAACGCGUCACCUAUGGAAUGGUGGGUCCGGUUAAAAGUCGCUGUCGGUGCAGCCAAAGGGUUCGCGUGGCUCCAUCAUAACUGCAACCCGCGAAUCCUACAUAGAAACAUAAGCUCAAAAUGCAUCUUAUUGGAUCAAGAAUUUGAGCCCAAAAUCUCCGAUUUUGGGCUUGCGAGGCUUAUGAACCCGGUCGACACGCAUUUAAGCACUUUCGUAAACGGUGAGUUCGGUGAUAUCGGUUACGUGGCACCCGAAUACGCACGAACACUCGUAGCCACCCCGAAAGGUGACGUUUAUAGCUUUGGGGUGGUGCUUUUGGAGAUAGUAACCGGUGAAAAACCGACGCAUGUGUCUAAAGCUCCCGAAACCUUCAAGGGUAAUUUAGUCGAAUGGAUUUCCGAUUUAUCGGCAGAAUCAAAGCUUCAUGAUUCGAUAGACGAGUCACUAGUCGCGAAAGGAUACGAUAGUGAAGUUUUUCAGGUUCUUAAGAUCGCGUGUAGCUGCGUGCUGCCGGCUCAUAAAGAACGGCCCACGAUGUUCGAAGUGUACCAAUUUUUACGCGCUAUUGGUGAAAAGUACAAUUUUACAACCGAUGACGAGAUUUUAAUGCCGACUGAUACUGGUGAUGCGGGUGACAUAGAACUCAUCGUGGCUCGGGAGGUGAAGGGGAAGAAAUGAUUGAUAAGGUGACGCGUAAGCGGUUUUAAGUAAGGUGUAUGUAUUAUAUGAUGUUUUAUGAUUGAAUAAAUGUGAUAGCAUAUAUAUAUAUUUUGGUUCAAGUGUUAUAGGUCUUUUUGAAUUUGGUGUAUGUAACUGAAUUUUCUAGAGGAAUAUGAUUGUGUAUUAUUUGAAGUAAGGGUAAA